AUGGCAGAGGAAAAGGAUACGAAAACAGUUCCCCUUGAUGAGAAUGAUAUCAACCUGUUGAAAAAGUAUGGUAUGGGACCAUAUGCAGAGAAAAUCAAAUAAUUAGAGGAAGAAAAUAAAAAUUCUGUUGCCACAAUAAACAAAAUGGUGGGAAUAAAAGAGAGUGAUACAGGUUUAAGUAUUCCAAGUACAUGGGAUUUGGUGGCAGAUCAAAAACUUGCUUCAGAACACCCUUUGACAGUGGCUAGAUGCACAAAAAUAUUCAAAUCCUCUCUUCAACAAAAGGAUCUUUAUAUGAUCACUAUUAAGCAUAUUGCGAAGUAUGUCGUUGGUUUAGGUGAGAAAGUGGCCCCAACAGACAUAGAGGAAGGAAUGAGAGUUGGAGUAGAAAGAUAAAAAUAUGCAAUUUAAUUACCUUUACCACCUAAGAUUGAUCCAUCAGUCACGAUGAUGACUGUGGAAGAUAAACCUGAUGUUACAUAUAAUGAUAUUGGUGGGUGCAAAGAAUAGUUAAAAAAAUUAAGGGAAGUAGUGGAAAUGCCUUUAUUGAAUCCAGAGAAGUUUAUCACUUUAGGUAUUGAUCCUCCAAAAGGUGUUUUGAUGUAUGGACCCCCAGGAACAGGUAAAACAUUGACAGCAAGAGCAGUGGCUAAUAGAACUGAAGCAUGUUUCAUUCGUGUGAUAGGUUCUGAACUAGUAUAGAAAUAUGUCGGAGAAGGAGCAAGAAUGGUUAGAGAAUUAUUCUAAAUGGCAAGAACCAAGAAAGCAUGCAUUAUAUUUUUUGAUGAAAUCGAUGCAAUUGGAGGAGCAAGACAUGAUGAUGGAAAUGACAAUGAUGUUUAAAGAACAAUGCUUGAGAUAGUUAAUUAAUUAGAUGGAUUUGAUUCUAGAGGCAAUAUUAAAGUUUUAAUGGCAACCAAUAGACCAGACACACUAGAUCCAGCAUUGUUGAGACCUGGAAGAUUAGAUAGAAAAGUUGAAUUUGCAUUGCCUGAUUUAGAAGGCAGAGCAGGCAUAUUUAAGAUUCAUGCCAGAACAAUGAGCAUGGAAAAAAAUAUUAGAUAUGAAUUAUUAGCAAGAUUGUGUCCUAAUACAACUGGUGCUGAUAUUAGAAGUGUUUGCACAGAGGCUGGAGCCAGAAGAAAGGCCAUAAGCGAGAAGGAUUUAUUACAAGCCAUUGAAAAGGUCAUCAAAGGAUAUUAGAAGUUCUCAGCAACUCAAAAAUAUAUGGUUUAUAAUUGAUUAUUAAAGUCAAAAAUAAAACAAAAUGGC